AAAAUGAUAAAUAUUAGCACCGUGAGAGAAAGAACGCAAAAGAAAAUCAGAUAGCUCAACCUGAUUGGCUAAAAGAAAGAAUCACGCAAGACACAAAGCAAAUGCAGAUGAACGUCGGUCCUCCAAAAAUCAAUCCCAGGAAUCGUGCUUUCUUCGGUACAAAGCGAGAAGAUGGAAAACAGUGAGGAACAGAAGUACGGAGUUCGGAAAUUAGAGAUCUCAGACAAGAGCAAAGGCUUCAUCGAGUUGCUGCAGCAGCUCAGCGUUUGCGAUUCCGUCUCUGACAGAGAUUUCGAGAAUCGAUUUCGAGAGCUCAGUGCCGUUGGAGAUGACCACGUUAUCGGCGUGAUUGAAGACGAGGCUUCUGGAAAGAUCAUUGCGACGGGAAGCGUGUUUAUUGAGAAGAAAUUUUUGAGAAAUUGUGGCAAAGUUGGGCAUAUUGAGGACGUUGUUGUAGAUUCCAGCGCUCGUGGGAAGCAUUUGGGAAAGAGAAUCAUCAGCUUCCUGACGGAGCAUGCGCGUUCCAUGGGAUGCUAUAAGGUCAUUCUUGAUUGCAGCCUCGACAAUAAGGCGUUCUACGAGAAAUGUGGCUUCCACAACAAAUCCAUUCAGAUGGCUAUGUAUUUUGCUCACAACUAGUUUGCUACUGUCUCGCCUUCGUUGAUGUUGGAUUCGACAAGCCCUGGGAGGCUAAUAAUGUUGGGGUAAUGAAGCUUCUGGACUCUGCUUAAUUCAAUUACGAUUAUGUGUCAUGCCGUGUGAUGUGCUUUUUUUUCUGCAACGAUAAAUUUGGUCGCUCAAAUUGACGUGAUGCUAAGUUGUUUGGCAUUAUCGGUGAAUCUUAGGGGCUAUUUUUAAAAAUAAAUUUAUAUUCUUCAUGUUGAUCUUCGUUUUAAGAUUUCGACAUUGCAUAACCUCUUGAAAAAGAGAUUACACGUCUAAUAUUUCUAAUGAUUUGGUUGCUACGAUAA